AUGAGAGCGGCGCUCCGCACCCCACUACGGGCUCUCGGUGACCCGGCGGCCGUCCUUCGAUAUACUGCUACUGCUUCAAGCUGUGCUCCCAGGGAGCUUCCAUUUCAGAGUUCGCACGCCUUGCUUUGCAGGUGGGUAUCUAGCUCGACCCAGCCGAAUAAGGCGCACUUCCCGGCACGCGAAUUCCAAACGCCCUUUUCGACGAAAACUUCCUUUCGAUCUGAAGCGCAACAAACGGUCGGUGGUCACGGAAAGCAUUCUGAGGCUGGUCGGUCUGGAAAGAAGUGGAUUAAAUAUGGAAUAGUUGGAGGGACUAUUGUCGUUGGCACACUCGUGUUUUCUGACGAAGUUGGACAUGCCUAUCGCGCUGCGGCGCGAACGGGGAGGGUUGUUGGCACGUUAGCGGUCUGUAUCAACGACUACCGAGUGACCCUCAAACAAGAAACCGCAACGCCCGAGGAACGAAGCGAAGCGAUUCAAGCCUGCCACAAGCGUUGCGCCGAGCGGACCCUGCGCGUACUGGAAAAAAAUGGAUCCAUCUUUAUCAAGCUUGGUCAACAUUUGAGUAGCAUGGGCUACCUGCUUCCGCUGGAAUGGACGACUACCUUUAUCCCUCUCCAAGAUAAAUGCCCGGUUUCGUCGAUCGAGUCCAUCGAGGAAAUGUUCGUCAAGGAUACUGGAAAACGGAUUGAUGAGCUCUUCGCGACGUUCGAGUCGACACCGAUUGGUGCCGCUUCAUUGGCGCAAGUACAUAUUGGGACAUUGAAGAAAACCGGCGAGAAGGUUGCGGUAAAAGUGCAGCAUCCAGCGUUGGCAGAAUGGGCGCCGCUCGACCUAGCGCUGACAAGGUUUACGUUCUCAAUGCUGAAGCGCUUCUUUCCGGAGUAUGACUUGGAAUGGCUCUCGAAGGAGAUGGAUCUUUCGUUGCCGCAAGAGUUGGACUUUCGCAUGGAGGCGGAUAAUGCAACCCGGGCCAGCGAAUAUUUCAAAAUGCACUCAGAUGCCCCGCUAGUGAUUCCAGAAGUUCUGUGGGCGCAAAAGCGCAUCCUUGUGAUGGAGUUCUUGUCGGGUGCUCGACCCGAUGACCUAGAUUUCCUAGACGCCAACCAUAUCGAUCGGGAUGAGGUUUCAGCGGCAUUUGCUCAUAUAUUCAAUGAGAUGAUUUUCGGUGACAACGCUCCCUUGCAUUGUGAUCCUCACGGCGGGAACAUUGCCAUCCGCAAGAACCCUAGCCGGAGUGGUCACAACUUCGAUAUCAUCCUCUACGACCACGGCCUGUACCGUGAUAUCCCUCGGGAUACUCGCCGCAACUACGCAAAGCUUUGGCUUUCUGUGAUUGAAGCGGACGAGGCUGGCAUGCGGGAGUACUCGCGCAAGGUUGCCGGCGUGACGGAUGAGCAGUUUCCUCUUUUCGCUAGCGCAAUAACAGGACGCGACUACACCGUUCUAACGAAAAAGAACAUUGCUUCAUCGCGGACAGAAGCGGAGAAGGAAAGCAUUUCCGGUGCUCUCGGUGAGGGCCUACUCCAGCAGCUGGUAGAACUUCUGGGCCAGGUGCCCCGAAUCAUGCUCCUAAUCCUCAAAACAAACGACCUUACUCGCAGUCUCGAUGAGAACCUUCACACUCGCCAAGGCCCCGUACGGACGUUUCUCAUUCUCGCCCGCUACGCCACUCGCACCGUCUUCGAAGAGCAGAUGGACACUAUCAAUGAGCGCGGUGGGCUGUUGCGCCCAUCAAACUUCUGGCGGUUCCUCUGUGCCUGGACAAAGUUUCUACGUGUAGAGCUCAAGCUCUCUGUGUACGAGGCUGUGCUCUCGCUGAAGAGUCGGUUGGGACUUGUGUAG